GGAUUUGGGGUCUGAGGUUCCUCUUGUUUUCUUGACUUUUUUUGACUUUGGCUUUGAUUGUGACUGUGACGCAGUUGAGUACGGAGUACGGAGUACAUUACGGUACUGAACUGGGUACAAUACCUCGGAUGUGUUCUGAGCGGACCUGCGAAGGAUUCUAUUCUCUGAUUGCUUGCAUUGCCGGUACUUGGUACCCUCUUGCUUGGUACACGAUACGUGGAGACGCCCGACGAAAUUAGGGUCAACAGCAAGGACCGAGUGAACCAGGAACGGAGGGGAAGGGGAACAGAAAGGGGAAGGGAAGGCGAUAGGAAGGGAAGGGUGAAGGAUGGUUCAAUAUGUGAUUACGCCAUGGCGGCAUCAAUCUGAGUUGCUCGCUGUGAGGGAAGCGCUGUAUGGGGAGCAUAGGGAGGUGAUGGGCGAGGGCGUUGAGCGGGUUGGGGUUUGGAGUAGGUUUUUUUCUUCUCCUUUGCUUGUUUUUGUUGUCUGAUGGUCUCGUGUGUGACGGGGUCGGGCUGUGUUGAGAUCGACAUUGGUUGUGAGUUGGAUUGGGCUCUUUCAUGGCAUGGCAUGGUGUUUCUACCGGUAUGGGAGAUGCAGACUUGAGGAGCAUCACGGCAAUUGCUAGGGGAACAACUACUAACUUUUCAUCCAGUGCAAAGAGGAAAUUGCCCUCACUUGGUAGAGAGUACGGCUCUUCUCGCGGCGGCGGUCCUGAAUGAUGAGAGGGGUGGAAACUCAAGUUAUUGUGUAAGAGCCGCUUAUGGAGGCGCCUUUUGUCGGUAAGUAACUUUCAUUCUCUUCUGCCUUUGCUUUCUACACUUAUCAAGGUGCCGAUUGUGUGUUUUGGUUUGA